GCCAGACCAGCGCGGAGGAAGAGGUCUGGCAAACAGCAGCGCCGCGGCAGGUGUCCGGUCUCCAGGGGCGGGUGCUGCCGCAGAAAGCCGCGGCCCAGCACUGCAGCCAUCUUCGGGGUGGAGGCGGAGAAGGGGCGCGGCCUUGGCCCGGAGCCGCCCCGCCGGAGCGGUGCACCGCGGACUUCCCUGCUCCCGCGGCGCCCGGCCGCGCAGAGGCCGCCAUGGGCUGUGCGCGUUGGCUGGCGCUGGGCGGCCUCCUGGCCCUGGCGGGGCUGCUGCAGGCCCGGCUGCUGCUCCCGCAGCAAGCGGGGUUUGGCGAGUGCGACCGCUUCUUCUACGCGGGGACCCCGCCCGCCGGGCUGGGGACCGAGGCACACGUGAGGAUCUGUCAACGCUUCGCGGGUUCCGAGCGCUUCGCCACUCUGUACAGCCCGGGCCACCGCAUCCCCGUGUUCUCCGCGUUUCGCGCUGCGCGCCCCGCGUCCCGCAGUGCCGAGCAGCGCGGGCUGCUGGAGCCGCAGAUUGAUGAUCCUGACAGCAACUUUGAGGAGGUAAUUGAUGAGGCUGAUGCUGUCACCUCCGUGAACAACCUAGGAAGCAAGCAAGCCUUGAAUGCGGACUACCUUGACUCUGGCUAUGAAAUCGGACAGCUGUACCCAUUUCCCCUUAACAGUGACCUCCAGACGCCCACAUUCCCACUCACAAAUUCAGUUCCAAUGACCCAGUCUUUCCGGGAACGAUGGCACAUGAAUCUCAACAGCCUCAUGGACCAAGCCUUGUUCCCACACUGCAACGAUGGCAAAGACCUCUACACCCUCACGGGUGCUGUCCCCUCAGAGCUCAAAGUUAACGGCAAAGUGACUAUCCCUGAAUUCGUCUGGCUGGCAGCCUGCUGUGCAGUCCCUGGAGGAGGCUGGGCCAUGGGCUUCAUCAAGCACACCCAGGACAGUAAUGUCAUAGAGGAUGUGAUGGUGAGAGACCUUGAGAAGCUACUUCCUCAUAAGCCCCAGCUGUUCCAGGACAACUGUGGUGAAACGGAGCAAGACACAGAGAAGAUGAAGAAGAUUCUGGAAGUGGUCAACCAAGUCCAAGAUGAGGAGCGGUCUCUGAAGUCUCAAGAGAUCAUGAGUCCCCUUGCCAGCACCCAAAGCCAGAGGUCUGCCCUGCUGUCUCCAGAAGCAUCACCGGAGGAAGGGGGCAGUUUUCUGGGAAAAGUCCUGGGUUUCCUUGCUACCCCGUUCAUUAAGCUUUUCCAGUUAAUUUAUUACCUUGUUACAGCCGUCUUAAGGAAUAUAAUCCAUCUCCUUUGGUUUGUGGCCAAGCAGGUGAUAAACACUGUUGAGAGUUGCCUAUACAGUCUGGGCGAAGCUACUGUGUCAUACCUCAUGGCCAUUGGACAAGAGUUGGUGAGCAUUCCUUGGAAAGUGCUCAAGGUCGUGGCCAAAGUCAUCAGGGCCUUUCUCCGGAUCCUCUGCUGUCUGCUAAAGGCUGUCUGCAGAGCCCUGAGCAUCCCUCUCCGAGUCCUUGUGGACGUAGCCACUUUCCCUGUGUAUACUGUGGGGGCCAUUCCCCUUGUGUGCAAGGACAUUGCUGUGGGCCUGGGCGGUACCCUCUCGCUCCUCUUUGACACUGCUUUUGGCACCAUGGGUGGCCUGUUUCAGAUUGUUUUUAGUGUCUUCAAGCGGAUUGGCUACAAGGUUACUCUAGACAAUUCCGGGGAGUUAUAGAACUCAAAAACCUAGUAAUGUUCGUUGUGGUGAAUUUUGAUUUUUUUUUUUUUUUUUUUUUUUAAACAGCAGGUUUCUGUUCCUUGUCAGCUAUUGUGUUUUGUUUGCCUGGUGGGUAUGUGUGUUUUUCUGCAAAAGAGUACGGCAUGCUCUAGGUUUGAUCUAAGAGAAAUGUUCAGGGUAGGUUUGGUGUCACUUCCACGAGUCUGGUAACUUUACCACCACUCUCCUACUUAGAGGGAAACACCUGGCAUGAUCCGGGCUUAUUAUGAAAAUUAAUAAUAAGGAGGAUGGCGUUAAAUGCUGUGAGAAAUGGCAUUGUGUGCCUUCCAUUACUCUUGGAGAUUUAAGGCAAACUAGAUCUGUAUAUUGUGGUCCAGUCUCAGCAUCCCCUCUUUCUCUCCUACCCAGCUGUCCCUAGCGAUGAGCCAGUGACUGCUCUGUUGAAAUCCUUCCCUUAUGGAGGCAGCAUCUGCUGUAGCUCUGACCUUUACCUAGGUCUCCAGGGUUUGGUUGGUUUUAAUUUUCUCCCAAAGUUGAAUUUUGCUGGGUCACAAUAAGCAUUUUAUGCCAAAUAUGACAUAAUAAAAUUUGAAUGCAGCCCCAGUUGGAGCAGACCUGGUCCCUCUAGGCGUAGAGGAGGCAGCAUGAAGUAGGCGCUCUGUGUCUACAGGCAUUCCUAGGGAAGCUUUGUCCGAGUUAUAUUACAUCACUGGCUGAGGACAUUAAACACAAAGACCUGCAUGUUAAUAAAAUAUGAAACUUCAUAUUCUCAGCAUCUAAUCCAUCAAGUGAGUAUUCGGUACCAUAAACCAGUCUGACUUCUCUCCUGAAACAAUUAUUUGUUAUAACUAUCUAGGUAAUAGAAAUAAUAAUAAUAAAAAAAAACCAUUCUGGUCUUCUUGGGUAGAAGUAUAUGUAUGUACAUAUUUAAGAAUUAUUAUCUCUUAGAAUAUUAUUUUUAUAGUGUGUUUGAGGCUAAAAAAAAGCAGUCCUUCAUUAAUGCAAGUUAAAUUUGAGAGCUUAUUUUCAGUUUUGAUCAAUCACUUAUUAUUUAAAAUCUUGCACUAGAAAUUACAACAAAAGGAGCCAGAGGGGACAGAACAUCGGCUGUUCCCAGCUGGCACAUGAGAAUUAAAUUUUGCGGAAAUAGAUUUGAAUGGCACCAGAGGGGACUAGCAGCCUGCAGGCUUCCAUGCAGCCGUGACUAGGAACCUGGACAGCAGACAAGCCCUUGCUCAGGUAGAUACACACCAGUCAUCGAGGGUGGGACUCACAGCAGUAUUUGCCAGGAGUUUGCUCUGUCAGUGGGAGGGUGAGGGCUUACCUGGGCACUGAUGAGUCCAAAAGGGACUCUCAGAAAUUGCCAGAGAAAUGGUGUGGCCAAACCCUCAUUUGUUUAGGACCCAGAGGCACAAGGAGGCUGUAUUUGACUUUGUUUGCAGGGCUAGUGGAGGCAGGUCAUGGUCAGCUAGGUCACCCCAUCACACCAGGGUGUACCUCCCUGGGUGUAAGUAGGAUUUUAUCACCUAUCAAAGAUACCAGGCUCUGCAUCAUCAACUGGAUGUGGCACUACUAACAAAAUGCCUCUCAAUGAAGCCCUUUUCCUUUCAGUGAAUAUUUGCAACUUGGAAAUACCCUACCCACCCCCUGCUGCCAUAUUCAGCUGUCCGGUUAUUUAUUCUUGUGUGGCAUUUUUUUUUAAAUAUGGGAAAUGAUAAUAAGACAAAACUAUAUCUUCAGGUUGGAGGGCUGAGGCCCUUCAUUCUGGAGUUUCUUGUUGGCAGGGCCUCUGGUUCACUGGAACUAGCUGUAUUUGUUUUUAAAGUCCUACCAGAUCUCUGGGCUGAUGGCCCACUCCCAGGAGGCAGCUUAGGCCUCUGACAUGGGGGUUGGGAGACAAAACCCCUGUCUUCAGCUUGGAGGGUUUGCUGCAGCUUCAUUCUGUUCUCAGGCCCUUGGAAAAGUUAGCCAACUUUGUCAUUCAUGGAACUGUUUUGCUAGCCUGUGUCAGCCAUGUCACCUCUCUCCCUUAGUGCCUUUUCCACCUAAUGCAAACUAGGGAAUGGAAGGAACCCAAGGAGGGAUCCUCUGCUCUUCCCUCAUCCAUGCAUCUCACAAACACGCAUUUGGUCAUCAGGGUUGCAGAGGUGGGAGAUGCUCCAUCUAUAAAGAGUUUCCAGUAUGGUGGGAAAACACAGUACAAUCCAUGCUGUGAUGUGUUGUGGCAAGCACCACACUGAGGAUAUGUGCCCGUCCUGCAGCACAGGAAGUAAACCUGCAAGAUCGGGGAAGAUAAAGGACCCCUUUACAGAGAGGGUGAGAAAACCACGUCAGUCGACCAUAAUAACUCUGUACAGUGCUGCGCCACCAUGCAGAUGCUCAAUAAAGUCGCUGCUGACCGCUCA